CAUCAGUUCAAUUUAAUCAACAAACCAGCGAAGAUGUCCUCGAAUAAGUGCGGAAUUGUGCUCCUCAUCGCCUGCUGUCUGGUGGCCCUGGCCUCCAGUUAUCCCCAGCCUUAUCCUGAGGAACCCCAGUGGCUGGAAGAGGAGGCUGCCUUCCUCGAAGGGACUCCCUUGGUUCGCCGGAUUCGAUCGCCCGAAGGAGGAUCCGUGGUCGUGACCGCCAGCAAGGACAACCAAGUGGGUCGGGAGGCCAGUGUCCAGUACAACCACAAUCUCUUCACCAGUCGCGAUGGGCGUGGCAGCAUCGACGCCUACGCCCAGGCGAGCAGGAACUUCGACUUCAAUCGCAACAACUACGGCGGCGGAGUUCAGGGCACCUGGCGUUUCUGAGCGGGAUCGCACAAUUACGAGUAUUAAGUCGGUUACAAAAUGAUUCACGUGAAUAAAUAAAUGUGCUUAGCCAUGCGUA